AAGAUGUUGCAGUCUCUUGCUUUAGCUUUAGGUCUACUGAAUUUGCUUCAUGUUAAAAGUCUUUCUGUACUUACGGACAGUGUUCAAAAUGUCACUCAACUGGACACAACUGACAUUGAUUCAAAGAAUCUAGAUGUUGUGAGACAACUUUUGAAUCAGGAAACAAUCAUAAGAAUAGCAUUGAUGAAAAAUGUUCACUCAUUGAUGAAGGACAUGGUCGAUCUGAAACAAAGUAUGGAGAAAUUGGAAACUUCUCAACAAAGAACAGAAAUAAAAUUGACAACAUUGCAACAAGAAGUCAAUGAACUAAAACGAGAAAACGAGAAUUUAAGGCUUGAAAACAGAAGGCAUGAAGAAACAAUCGGUGAAACCAAGGAAAAUUUUACUGAAAUGCAUGAACAUAUUCUUCAGUUUGCUGGAACAAUUGAAGGCAAGAGAGAAGCUUUUGAGAAAAACACUACUACGAUCCUUGGAGACUUGAAAGUUGAAGUUCGAUAUCUAUCAAUCACUCUUCUCGACUUGAAUAAACAUACUUUGGAAAAAGACAAAAGUAUCCCUGCAUUAAUAGAAGAAAAAUAUGAUAUUUUAUCAACAAAAUUGAAUGCAUCCCUGGAAUCUUUGAACAAUGAUUUACUUGCUUCUAGCGCAAGAAUAUCAAAGUCAGUGCUAGACCUUGAAAACAGACAGAAAUCAUUCGUAUCUUCCAUGUUUGAUGAUAUCAACAAAACCAUUGGCGACAUAAGGAAUGACGUCAAACAAUCUCAGUACGACCAUAUGAAGCUAUCCUCCGCUGUGUCGUCACUUGAAGUGUUCCGAAUAAAUGUAACAAGAAAUAAAUGCGUAUCACAUGAAAUUGGCUGUCAUUGGACUUUUGUGAGAAUCAAUGACUUUUACAGUUGA